AUGGGAUCUACUACGGACAUCGACAAGGACAACAUCAUCGCAGCGUCCAUGGAGGAUCUCAGCGAAGAGGAGCAAUGGAACAUCAUUGCGCUCCAGGAGUAUGUGAAGAACUACUGCCUCUUGGGCGUCAAGAAGGAUCGCAAGGGCAAGACGACGAGGAUGCAAUACUUCGAGAUGCCCGCGAUCAAGAUGAAGGACCACAUGAUCGAGGAAGUAUGCGAUAGGUCAGAGGAGUGGUUGAGAGAGAGGAGGGAGCAACUCAAAGGGGAAGUGUGCCAGAAGUUUGAGGCUGGAAAAGCCAUGAGCGUGGCAGACACGGUUGAGGAGGCCUUAGACCGUGUUCACGAUGAGGAGCUGGACUUUGGCAGCUCCAAUGACUUGGAUGUUGUUGCCCUCCGGUUUCGUCUUCUUAGGCAACAUGGCUUUUUUUGGGUAUCUGCAGAUGUAUUCGACAAAUUCAGAGAUGACGAAACCGGUAGUUUCAACAUAAAUCUAAGCAAUGACCCGAGGGGCCUACUUAGCUUGUACAAUGCUGCUCACAUGGCGGUACCUGGUGAGACGAUCUUAGAUGAUGCUAUCGCCUUCACUAGGCGCCAUCUUGAGGCUGCAAAAGGCAAGCUUACAUCUCCUAUAAAGGAACAAGUUUCGCGUGCCCUUGAGAUUCCGCUCCCUCGUUUUAUGCGGCAACUAGAGGCCAUGCAUUAUAUUACUGAGUAUGAGAAAGAAGAGCCACACGACAUCAUGAUGCUCGAGCUCGCAAAGAUUAACCUCAACCUUCUUAGGAGUGUCCACCUCAAGGAGCUUAAGGACCUCUCACUGUGUCAUCCAUAUGGGGAGGAAAGCUCUGCUGCGCGGAUCAUACUUACCAAGGUGUUUGGGUUGUUGGUCCUGAUUGAUGACACAUUUGAUGUGCGCGCCACCUUUGAGGAGUCCCAAAUGUUAGAUGAUGCCUUGCAAAGAUGGGAUGAGAGCAUGGUUUCUCUUAUACCAGAAUACCUACGCAUGUUCUACAUCAAAACAUUGAGUAACUUCAAUGAAAUUGAGGAUACUUUGGAACCGUACGAGAAGUACCGCAUGGCUUAUGUCAAAAAAGAGCAAGGGAAGUGCGACAAGGAUGUGGCCAGCACUGUGGAGUGCUACAUGAGGGAACACGGCACGACCAGGGAAGAGGUGGUGGCAGCGAUCGCCGGGAUGGUGGAACAUGCGUGGAGGAGGAUAAACAAAGCUUGCAUAGAGGUGAAACCUGCAGUAGAGCCGGUAGUGAGAUGUUUGCUGAACACGACGAGGGUGCUAGAGGCCUACUACCUUCAUGGACGGGACGGCCUCACCUAUGGCCGUGACCUCAAGGAGCUCAUCACCUUCCUCUUUCUCAAGGACGUCCAUGUCUAA